UCGCCUUUUACACUCCAUUACUCAAACCAACACUCGAACCAAGUAAGAAAUCCAACACCAUCAAGAAAAUGAAGCUCUCCAUUGCAGCUUUGCUCCUAUCUCUCGUUCUUCUAAGUUCCUUGGUUUCAGAUCCUGCACUGGCACAGCCUUGUUCGCCAUUUUGCGAUGGGAAAUGCAAGGAUCGGUGCAACAAAGCGGCGGUGUGGGAUCGGUGCUUCAAAUACUGCGGGAUAUGUUGCGAAGAAUGCAAGUGUGUUCCGUCGGGAACUUAUGGGAACAAACACGAGUGCCCUUGUUACAGGGACAAGGUGAACAAGAAGGGUACCCCUAAAUGCCCUUGAAAAUAAUAAAAAUUCGAGUUCGAGUUCCGGUUCUACCUAGCGAGCUUAAUGGAAGUUUGUUAUAGUUAAAAUUCGAUCUCACUAAUGGACGUUUGUUAUAGUUAAAAUUCGAUCUCACUAAUGGAAGUUUGUUAUAGUUAAAAUUCGAUCUCACUAAUGGACGUUUGUUAUAGUUAAAAUUCGAAUUCGUGUUCGAGUUCUGGUGUUACCUGGUGAGCUUAAUGGAAGUUUGUAAUGGUUUCUAUUGGGAGGCCGUAUGUGUUGAUGCUAUUAUAAUAAUAAACUUGUUUUGUUUGCUGUUCCCUUCG